AUGCCGUUGUUAUUGUGGGGGGGAACUAUUAUUGUUCUCCGUCAAAAGACGUUGCCUGCAUUAAGAUCUAAAACUCGUCGUCUACUUCCGGGAAAUGUUCGGAACAAGAGACUGACGAGGAUACAACGCCGCAUCCUCCGAAGAUUGAAGAGCAAGAGAAGAUAUAUUGGGAAGACUCCAUAUCUGAGACAGAAUUUGAACAGUUAUCUGAAACCACAAGCCAUACGGAAGUUGUCCCCCUUUUAUGGAAAUCUACCUAUCGCAAAGAUGCACGGAGGGACAAAACGAGCUUCAUACAUACCCUUUCUACUCAAUCCAGAAACGAGAUCGGACGUCAUCCCGGUUCGUCUCCAUUUCCGUGAAACUCCUCCUCAAGCGAGGCAGCUUAUAAGUCACCGAAAGAUUCGUGUGAAUAAUGAAAUGGCCAACAUGACGCGUUUUCAAGCGUCCCGUGGUGAUCCAAUCCCUAUUGGAGAGAAUUCCGUAAUAACAACCGUGGGGAGAAAAGUGAGGAAAUAUUUUUAUACUGAAGGAUUUGUCGAUCAAAUCGUGGGCAAAUGCCGUAAUCACAGGUGGAGAAGAACGAAAAAAGGAUGGUUCCGCCCACUGGAGAAGAGACAGGGGUGCCGCCUCUUACUCAAAUCUUUGUUGUCGCAACGGUUGCGCUCUCCCCAGUGGCGCCGUUCCAUGCAGGAGAAAACCUCAGAGGGGAUAACUUAUGUAUUGAAAGGAGUAUGCUUGGGCAGCUUGUUCGCCGAGCGCGACAAAAUGAAGAGGGAUUAUAUGUCUUAUUCCGAUUUCUUAUUCAAGAGAAGGAACGGGGGCCCCACUUGUCUGCGUCUGUCAAGUAUCAUUGUCAGGAACAAAAACAAUUUGUGUCGCGAUUCAGCCUAUUGGUUUGCCAGGAAGAGGAGAAUCGGAAGCAGGAAGAGGAGAAUCGGAAGGAAUAGAAGAAUCCGAAGAAGAGAACUACCUACUCAUUACUCGGAGGUCAAUCAUAGAACACCGAAAGCUGUGGUAUCUUACGGACCUGACAUAGGUCACAUCCCCCCCGACAUGAAAUUGAAGAAUCCGAACCUUCCCUGAACGAUACAGGAGCAGGGGCUCGACCGGUA